GAUGAAUCCAACCAAGACACCGGUGUGGACAGAGCGAAGCAGGCCUUCGAGGAGGAGAAAGCCCGUAAAGCAGCAGCUUUGGAACGGGCCCGGAGGGCAAGGGCCGCCGAGAGCAGCCAUCCGAACGGAGUGGAGGCGCCGCAGGACACGGGCGCCAAGAGCGAUGUGGGUAUGGACCGGGCCAGACAGGCUUUCGAGGAGGAGAAGGCUCGCAAGGCAGCCGCACUGGAGCGAGCCAGGAGGGCCUCUGCCGAGAACCAGGGAGCCACGGCCACCGCCCAGGACACUCGCCAAGGGGCCGCCGCAGGAAUGGAUCGUGCCAAGCAGGCUUUCGAGCAGGAGAAGGCCAGGAAGGCAGCGGCACUGGAACGGGCCCGCGCGAGGGUGCGGGAAGCCGGCCAGGCAGACCCAUCGGAAGGCCAGUCGAAGGAGGAGGAGGCUCCACCGGACUCCAGCAUCGAGAAGGCUCGGAAGGCUUUCGCCGACGAGAAAGCUCGCAAGGCCGCAGCGCUGGACAAAGCCCGGGCAGCCCGCGCUGCAGCACAGGGCCAGGAUGGAUCCAACCACGACGGCGGUGUGGACAGGGCGAAGCAGGCCUUCGAGGAAGAGAAAGCCAGGAAAGCCGCAGCUUUGGACCGGGCCCGGAGGGCGGCCGCCGAGAAUGGCCACCCCAGCCGUGGUGGGGCGGAUAUGCGGCAGGACUUGGGUGCCAAGGGCGAUUUGGGCAUGGACCGUGCAAGACAGGCCUUUGAGGAGGAGAAGGCUCGCAAAGCAGCCGCCCUGGAGCGAGCCAGGAGGGCCUCCGCCGAGAGCCAGGGAGCCAUGCCCCAGGACACUCGGCAAGCGGCUGCAGGGAUGGAUCGUGCCAAGCAG